GAUUUACAUUUAUUUUUUUAAAAUGAGUAACUUACCAACAAAUAGAACUAACAAAGCAAAGCAAACUAACGGUAAUGGUAAAGCUAAUAUAACGGUGGAAGAUAAACUUGAUCCCAAGGUCUCGAUCGAUAUGGAGGCUCCAGAAUUUAAAGAUUUUGCCAAAUCAAUGGUUGAUUAUAUAGCAGAAUAUUUGGAAAAUAUACGCGACAGACGCGUCCUGCCCGAAGUUAAGCCUGGCUAUUUGAAGCCUUUGAUACCAGAUGAGGCACCCGAGAAGCCAGAGAGUUGGCAGGCCAUAAUGGAGGAUAUCGAGCGUGUGAUUAUGCCUGGAGUUACACACUGGCAUAGUCCGAAGUUCCAUGCCUAUUUUCCUACUGCCAACUCCUAUCCGGCGAUUGUGGCUGAUAUGUUGAGCGGAGCAAUAGCAUGCAUUGGCUUCACUUGGAUAGCCAGUCCGGCUUGCACGGAACUUGAGGUUGCCAUGAUGGAUUGGUUGGGCAAAAUGUUGGAUUUGCCAUCUGACUUUUUGGCCAGCUCUGGCGGCAAGGGUGGAGGCGUUAUUCAGGGUACAGCAAGUGAAUCGACUUUGGUGGCUCUACUUGGCGCCAAGGCCAAGAAGUUGCAGGAGGUGAAGGCUGAGCAUCCCGAAUGGGAUGAGCAUACUAUUAUUGGAAAGCUGGUGGGCUACUGUUCCGAUCAAGCUCACUCAUCGGUGGAGAGGGCUGGCCUCUUGGGUGGCAUUAAGUUGCGCUCUGUGAAGUCUGAGAAUAAUCGCUUGCGGGGAGAUGCCCUUGAGAAGGCCAUUGAAAAGGAUUUGGCCGAUGGUCUGAUACCAUUCUAUGCUGUCGUCACUCUAGGCACUACCAAUUCCUGUGCCUUCGAUCGUCUGGAUGAGUGUGGUGCGGUAGGCAAUAAGCACAAUGUGUGGAUUCAUGUGGAUGCUGCUUAUGCUGGUUCGGCCUUUAUUUGUCCCGAAUAUCGUCACUACAUGAAGGGCAUGGAACGGGCAGAUUCAUUCAAUUUCAAUCCACACAAAUGGAUGUUGGUGAAUUUCGAUUGUUCGGCCAUGUGGCUAAAGGAUCCCAGUUGGGUGGUCAACGCCUUCAAUGUGGAUCCUCUCUAUCUGAAGCACGAUAUGCAAGGAUCAGCUCCCGAUUAUCGUCAUUGGCAAAUCCCAUUGGGUCGUCGUUUCCGUGCCCUGAAGCUUUGGUUCGUUCUCCGUUUGUAUGGAGUGGAAAAUCUUCAGGCUCACAUUCGUCGUCAUUGCAAUUUUGCCAAACAAUUUGGUGAUCUGUGUGUCGCUGAUUCCCGCUUCGAGUUGGCCGCUGAGGUCAACAUGGGUCUGGUCUGUUUCCGUCUCAAGGGCAACAAUGAGAGGAAUGAAGCUUUGCUCAAGCGAAUCAAUGGACGUGGAAACAUUCAUAUGGUUCCGGCCAAAAUCAACGAUGUCUACUUCUUGCGCAUGGCCGUCUGUUCGAGAUUCACUCAGUCCGAGGACAUGGAAUACUCAUGGAAGGAGGUCAGUGCUGCUGCCGAUGAAAUGGAAGCCGCUAAGUAAACACAAUGAUCAGUAUUUAAAAUGGUUGUUAAGGGAACAAGACAGAUUUAGGGAAUUUACAAGAGACAUAGAGAUGGACAGGGAAUAUUCUGAUUGAUGUGAUUGCAAAAUUAUUCCUUAGAUUAUUGAAAGUUAAGUUGUCAAGGAUUGCGUUAAUUUGUUCAUUUUAACUGCAGCAGCUUUCUCCCUGUACCAUUCUCUAUAAAAGAAACAAAAUCAUAUAAUCGUUGUCUAGUUGUUGUUGUUGAUAUUUUAUUGCUAAUUUAAUAAAUAUAUAUAUACAUAUAUAAUAUCUGCUUAAAAAAAUAAACUUUAUUAAUUGUAACUAUAAA